AUGUUUCGAAGAAAACUGACAGCUUUGGAUUACCAUAACCCCUCUGGGUUUGACUGUAAAGGUAGCUACAAAACCAUGAUAAACGAGCUAUCUGCUAAUGAAUGAUGUGCUCUUUCAGAGCCAGCCAUGGCCAUGCUCAAAAUAUGUUAGCUAGCAUCUACCUUUAGCUAACAAGCUGUUACUCUGUCUUAAACGUUUCAAUACAGCCACGCCUGGAAUAUGUAUACAUGCUUUGUUUAUAUUGGCUGGGUUUAUGUCAUUAAAAAGGAUUAACCUGUGAUUCGUGUUAGGUAGUCAGGUUUUGUACUUUUGUGCAUUAGCCCAGGUAACGUUAGCUAAUUAACUAGCUUUUGGGGAACUUACUAACAGCAGUGCCAAACAGGCAGUGGAGACCGAUAACGUAACUAGCUAGCUAAUGUUAGCUAACUAGCUAGCUAGGUUAGGGGUGGCAUCGGAAAUUGAUUCCCAAUCUAUGCCUUGUUUGUAUGUAUUGUGACUAGUCGUAUGUGAAUUUCUGCCGGUUGUAUAUACCAACAACAACAAAAAUCUACUACCACUGGCACAUUUGUGCAGGUCAGUUAGCUUUGCAGAGUGCAUCUAGCUAUAAGUGUCACUUAGCAAAUGUUCUGUUUUGCACAGAUGAGACAGAGUUCAGGAAUUUCAUUGUGUGGCUGGAGGACCAGAAAAUCAGACACUACAAAAUUGAAGAUCGGGGCAACCUGAGGAAUAUCCCCAGCUCGGAAUGGCCCAAGUCCUUUGAGCAGGUGAGCAGCAAGGCUAGUUACAGUUACUAUACUGGAAAUAACCUUGGGUCAGAAAAAGUGUUGUGUUCAUAUUACAUCCAAGUAAUACGACAUGGAUUGUGAACUGUAGAAAUACGUUUUGCGAUGGAUCUGUGUUCUUUCUUAUUGGAGAAGUUUAUGUAGGAUCUCCAUGUGUCAUAAUAUUUUCUCCUUACUGAACCAUGGUGGGGCUCUUUUCCCACUUUAUCAACAUAUCUAUUAACAAUGUGUUCUUUCCACCCCUUCCCUAACCGUUUACAUCAUAAGCAAAACAAUCAAGCCAGUUCAGUUGUCGAACGUUACAGAUAGAAAUGCCAUUAAUAGAACUGACAUGAUUAGUUCAAAGCGUCGGAGAGGCAUGUUUGUUCUACAUUAGCCUACAUCUAUCUGAAUGUUCCAAAACGUUGUGUCCUGUUCAACAUGCCCCAAGAUCAAUCAGUAGGCCUAAUAAUUAUUAAAUGCUGAUAGUAAGCCAAUUUACCACCCUCAUCACUGGUCUCCAUAGCUGUGAUGCACUCUUCUUCAUUGGAGAACCUCUAUUGGGGUUGUGAAGUUACCAUCCCCGUUCCCUGGCCGGGAAGCUCCCUUUGUCCUCGCAUCCUCGUUUCCAAUUUACAUUUUUGAGAAAGAGGGGAGGACGGGAUGAGGAAAGACUAUUGAGACAUAGCCCCUGUCAGCGCUUGUUUUAGUUUUUCCAGUGCAAAACAUUUUGCUACGGUGUGGGCUGAUGAAUACACCCCUGGCCCCAAGCGCUCUGAAAUAAAGAGCUACCCGGGGACAGCUAGUAACGACACCACUCCGAUGGAUGUGAACCAUUGAAGAGGAGUGCAUCACAGCUAUGGUCUCAGGCACCUCGUAUACACGGUACAACUGUUCAGGAGGGCACACUGGGGCAAGUUUUCUCCCUACGGAACAUGAGCCUGACCCUGUUUCCUACGCAGUAUCUUCAAGAUGUGAAUUGCCCAUUCACCGUCGAAGAGAGACAGGAGUCAGUGGACUGGUUGCUGGGUCUAGCCGUUCGGUUGGAAUAUGGCGACAAUGGUACAGUACUAUUUUCUCUGUAUAUCUUUUGCUUUAUUGAAAACAUUUUUAUAGCCAUAUGAUUCGGUGCCCAUUGUGUGUACUUGGGCUACUUGUUGUGGCAAAUUACUACUUUGACUAUUGUAGUCCAUAGAUGAUAAUACAGUAAAUGUUCAACCAACCUUGUGUAGCAGGGGUAUUCAACUCUUACCCUACGAGGUCAGGAGCCUGCUAGUUUUCUGUUCUACUUGAUAAUGAAUUGCACCCACCUGGUGUUCCAGGUCUAAAUCAGUCCCUGAAAAGUAAAAAAAAUGUAGUGGAACUGGCUUCGAGGUCCAGAGUUGAGUUUGAGGGCUGUAUUGUUGUGGUGGUGGUGAUCAUGUGUCGUUUAGCCACUAGAUGGAAGCAUUGUCUUAAAUGGCAACUUUGACAUCUUGGGCUGCUCUACCAUAAGGUAUAAUCUAGUCGUGGUUCCACCCUCUCUUGCCAUACACUGUAUUGUCAUUGUUCAGGAAUGUUAAAUAAAUGUGCUUAUUAAAAAAGUAUUUGUUGUAAAAACAGUUUGGUGGUGGUAGUAGUAUGUAGUUAGUGGGGGGCAUGGACUAAGUGGUCACUGUCUGGAUUUUUGUGUCCUCCCGAGUGGCGCAGUGGUCUAAGGCACUGUAUCGCAGUGCUAGCUGUGCCACUAGAGAUCCUGGUUCGAAUCCAGGCUCUGUCAUAGCCGGCCGCGACCGGGAGACCCAUGGGGCGGCACACAAUUGGCCCAGCGUCGUCCAGGGUAGGGGAGGGAAUGGCCGGCAGGGAUGUAGCUCAGUUGGUAGAGCAUGGCGUUUGCAACACCAGGGUUGUGGGUUCGAUUCCCACGGGGGGCCAGUAUGAAAAAUAAAAAAUAAUGUAUGCACUCACUAACUAAGAUAAGAGCGUCUGCUAAAUGACUAAAAUGUAAAUGUAAUGUUGUGUGUCUUACUGGCUCCCCAGUUGAGAAGUACAAGAAUUGCCAGCCAGCCACAGCCACCAAGGCGGAGAAACCCUCGGAUCCCCUCAUCCAUCUGGACAGUGAGCACAACCACUCCUUCCUCUAAAUGCCUAUCCCCUCUCUCCCCUUACCUCUCUAGUCUCUCCCCUUACCUCUCUACUCUGUCCCCUUACCUCUCUAGUCUCUCCCCUUACCUCUCUACUCUCUCCCCUUACCUCUCUACUCUCUCCCCUUACCUCUCUAGUCUCUCCCCUUACCUCUCUAGUCUGUCCCCUUACCUCUCUAGUCUCUCCCCUUACCUCUCUAGUCUGUCCCCUUACCUCUCUAGUCUCUCCCCUUACCUCUCUACUCUGUCCCCUUACCUCUCUAGUCUCUCCCCUUACCUCUCUAGUCUCUUCUCCCCAACCUCUCAGCUGUUCCCUACCUUCGAGUUUUCCCAAACCUUACCUCUCUAACUCUGUCCCCUUACCUCUCUAGUUCUCCUACCCCUCUGAUUCUCCCCUUACCUCUCUAGUCUCUCUCAUCCUCUCUAGUCUCUCCCCUUACCUUUUAGUCUCUCCCUUACUCUCUAUCUUUUCCCCUUACCUCUCUAGUCUCUCCCCUUACUCUCUAGUCUCUCCCAACUCUUAGUCUCUCCCCUUACUCUCUACUCUGCCCCUUACCUCUCUAGUCGCUAAUCACUCUCUUAUUCUCUCCCUUACCUCUCUAGUCUCAUCCCACCUUACCUCUCUAGUCUCUCCCCUUACUCUCUACUCUUCCCCUUACCUCUCUAGUCCUACCUACACUCUAGCUCUACCCUUUAACCUCUUAACUACUCUGUCCCCUUACCUCUCAUAGUCUCUCUCAUCCCUCUAGUCUCUCAUCCCCUUACCUCUCAGUCUCAUCCCCUUACUCUCUAGUCUCUCCCCUUACCUCUCUAGUCUCUCCCCUUACCUCUCUACUCUCCCCUUACCUCUCUAGUCUGUCCCCUUACCUCUCUAGUCUGUCCCCUUACCUCUCUAGUCUCUCCCCUUACCUCUCUAGUCUCUCCCCUUACCUCUCUACUCUCUCCCCUUACCUCUCUAGUCUCUCCCUUACCUCUCUAGUCUCUCCCCUUACCUCUCUAGUCUCUCCCCUUACCUCUCUAGUCUCUCCCUUACCCUCUACGUCUCUCCCCCUUACCGCUCUAGUCUUCCCCUUACCUCUCUAUCUUCCCACUUACCUCUCUACUCUUCCCUACCUCUCUAGUCUCUCCCCUUACCUCUCUAGUCUCUCCCCUUACCUCUCUAGUCUCUCCCCUUACCUCUCUAGUCUCUCCCCUUACCUCUCUAGUCUCUCCCCUUACCUCUCUACUCUGUCCCCUUACCUCUCUACUCUGUCCCCUUACCUCUCUAGUCUCUCCCUUACCCUCUCUACUCUGUCCCUUACCUCUCUACUCUGUCCCCUUACUCUCUAGUCUCUCCCUUACCUCUCUAGUCUGUCCCCUUACCUCUCUAGUCCUCCCCUUACCUCUUCUAUGUCUCUCCCCUUACUCUCUCUUACUCUGUCCCCUUACCUCUCUAGUCUCUCCCCUUACCUCUCUACUCUGUCCCCUUACCUCUCUAGUCUCUCCUCCCCUUACCUCUCUAGUCCUCUCUCCCCUUACCUCUUCUAGCCUCUCCCUUACCCCUCUCUAUUCUCUCCCCUUACCUCUCUAGUCUGUCCCUUACCUCUCUAUCUCUGUCCCCUUACCCUCUCUAGUCUCUCUCUCCCCUUACCUCUCUAGUCUUUUCCCCUACCUCUCUACUCUGUCCCUCUAGUCUCCCCUUACCUCUCUAGUCUCUCCCUUACCUCUCUACUCUCCUUACCUCUCUACUCUGUCCCCUUACCUCUCUAGUCUCUCCCUUACCUCUCUACUCUGUCCCCUUACCUCUCUAGUCUGUCCCUAUUGACCUCUUCUAGUCUCUCCCUCUACUCUUCUCUACUCUGUCCCCUUACCUCUUAUAGUCUCUCCCUUACCUCUAGUCUCACCCUUACCUCUCUAGUCUCUCCUCUCUGCUCCCCUUACCUCUCUAGUCUUCCCCUUACCUCUCUACUCUGUCCCUUACCUCUCUAGUCUCUCCCUACCCUUACCUCUCUACUCUGUCCCCUACCUCUCUAGUCUCUCCCCUUACCUCUACUCUUACUCUCUAGUGUCCCCUUACCUCUCUAGUCUUCUACCCCUUACUCUCUCUAGUCUCUCCCCUUACCUCUCUAGUCUCUCCCCUUACCUCUCUACUCUGUCCCCUUACCUCUCUAGUCUCUCUCAUCCUCUCUAAUCAUCUCUCUCAUCACUCCCUUCUCUGUCCCUGAUGUUCUGUGAUAGAAUCGUUUGAUUAAAGAAACCAGUGAACAACGUAGUACUAAAGUAGGUUAGCUCAACCGUGUCUGGGCAAGACCACCAGACUGAUUACAAUCUCACACACACACACACACACAGAAUCGCACCAACGGGGACAGUUGUGACUAGCUGACUUCAUGAAUGUAACUGAGUCAACAGCCUCCAUGUUGUGUUGAAAAUAAGUGUGUGUGUGUGUGCUCCUUAAGGCAGCAACCCAGACUUUAAGGCUGGCGUCAUAGGCCUGGCUAGCCUGCUGAAGAUCCAACGUCACGACGACUACCUGGUCAUGCUGAAGGUGAGAACCAGCGGCAACCGAGCACCAUGUCAGACGUACUAAUAUCCUUUUCACACUACUGAGCCAAGCUGUGCCGAGCUGUAGUGUGAUGACCUGGUUACACACCCACUAUAUUUACUGGAACCGUGCUGGAAAGGACAAUGUGAAAAUAAAGUUUCUGAGACAGUACAGUUCAGAUCGGCGCUUUACUGUGAAAAGGGUCUUACUAAUUUCUUAUGACCAUGUUGUAAAUUGUGGUCCUCUGUAGCUCAGCUGGUAGAGCACGGCGCUUGUAACGCCAAGGUAGUGGGUUCGAUCCCCGGGACCACCCAUACACAAAAAAAAAAAAAUGAAUGCACGCAUGACUGUAAGUCGCUUUGGAUAAAAGCGUCUGCUAAAUGGCAUAUUAUUAUUAUUAUUAUAAUGACGACCCUGUGCAGAUUUCAGACUUGAGCAGAUUUGAUAACAAUGGUGUGGUAAUUUCCCUUGUCUAACAGGCUAUAAGGAUCCUUAUCCAAGAGAGGCUGACCCCAGAAGCCAUAGCCAAGGCCAGCCAGUCCAAAGAGGUGAGCUACUCUUGAAGGUUGAGUCUUUGACUGACGGAGAUCCACCUACACAUUUAGGCUUCAUCAAAAUGCGUUGUUUUGAAAUGUGAUCAGAAAGAGUACCCACAAUACUUCAGACAUUGGUCCAAACUGUAUUUGUUUUCUUCCAAAUACUUUUUGCGUUGAAUUGAGCCUGCCUGGUGUGCCAGAUGGACAGGUUUUGCACUGGGAAAGCUCAAUUAAGCGCAGUGUAUUUGAAAAAAACCGAAUGCAAUGUGUACCCAAGUCGACAUACCUCUAUUCUCUCAAUCUGACAUGAUAAUACACGGGAACUCUCAGCACACAUUACUGCUCAGGGGCCGUAUGUAUCAAGCAUCUCAGAGUACUGAUUCAGGAUCAGUUUAGCUUUUUAAAUCACAAUGAAAAGGAUCGGACGUGGACCUGAUGCUAAAUCAGCACUCCUACUCUGAGAUGCAUGAUACAUACGGCCCCAGAGUGUGAUAUGUAAGGCCUGUGUGCAGUGGUCUGGGAGUCGUCUCCGUGGCUAUGCUAUUUUAAGAGGCCGGACAUACAGUAUUUCGGCACUUACUGUGUCCCGAUUGCCUUUUAAUUGCUGUGAUGUAUCUCUUUCUGUUUUUGCCUCGUCUCCUCAAGGGUCUACCUGUGGCCUUGGACAAGCACAUCCUCGGCUUUGAUACCGGAGGUGAGUGCUCGCAGUCGAGUUUUUAAAGUACCAAUACACACAGGGCACAUUUAAAAAAGGGACUGUGUUAUCCUUAGUAUCCUCACAAAGGGAUUUUGUCCCUAAAAUUACAUUUUGAAACACUUAAUUCUCCCAUGUUCUUGUGCCCAAGACAAUUAUAAUCAUCUAAAUGGGCUCCAAACAUUCUGUCCUAUUGAUAUGAUAGACAUGGCAUUUAUCUUCACUGUACUGUAGGAUUGCGUGGGAGGGUAGGGCCGUCCCAUUGUGUCAAGAUCUGUUCCAGAUCAGUUGGUGAAAAGGCAUUGAACGUGUCAUUGUGGAGACUAGUGUAAUUUCCCCGCAAACCACUUUGUUUGAAGUGGCCUGUCAUGUCAACCUAAUAUCAGGCUAUGUCAGGGCAGGGGUUGUGCCUACUUGCAGGGAAGGAUGUAUGUAAGUGUUUUGAUGGAUCACUACAAAUAUAGCUUUAUUAACCCCCUUAUUUGGGUAGAAUACAUCAUAGGGAAAACAAAAGCACAAUUACAUGCAUCCUACUUCAUACACGUGGUCCUUUAUUCAUACAAGAAUUGAACUGUGGCCUCAGUUGCUGAUCACCGACUGAGCAUAAUCUCUUAUUCUGGAACACGGCCCCUAACGGCGUGCACCUCCUUUCUCUGCAGACGCCACCCUGAACGAGGCGGCUCAGAUCCUACGUCUGCUCCACAUUGAGGAGCUACGGGAUCUGCAGACCCGGAUCAACGAGGCCAUCGUAGCCGUCCAGGCCAUCAUCGCAGACCCCAAGACAGACCACCGCCUGGGCAAGGUCGGCAGAUGA